GUAAAACAUAAAAUAAGACCGCUACCGCCUUGGCAAGAAAAACACACUGGAUAUCAAAACGACUGGAAAUAUAAUAAUAACAUGUUAAAAAGAAAAAUCGAAGAUGAUUCUCAAAGCGUCGAAAGCAACGACAGCGUUGAUUCCAACGACUCGACUUCGUCGAAAGGAGCAAAGCGAGUUCGCUUUGAYCAGAGGGUAGUAUUUCAUUUUCCCCGUACACAAGGAAGCAGUUGCGUCCCUUCGAACGGUGGCUAUACUCUAGGGAUGAAGCGACAGCACGCUUUYGUCGAACAUUUUAAAUUCAACGAUCAAGAUGAUUUAGAUUUUUGCUACUCGAGCGACAGUGACGAUGAAGACGAAGACGACGAUACGAAUAUGUUUAUGCCAAUUCCRCAGAAGACUCGAAAAGCUAUUUUAAAAGAUGCGGGUGUGAAAAAAAUAGAUAAACAAGAGGCUCUAGAGUGUAUGCAAAUUCGAUUUUCAAGGCAGAUCUGUGGAUGUGACUGUAAAGACUAUUGUGAUCCCAAAUCGUGUAGUUGUUCUUUGAAUGGCAUCAACUGUCAAGUCGACCGGGAUAACUUUCCUUGUGGAUGCGUCAGAAACGAGUGCCACAACCCUAAUGGUCGACACGAAUACGACCCCAUAUCCGUACGUAGACAUUUUAUUGAAACUAUUUUAAAAGUGCGAGGACAAAAGUACAUUUGGGACCAAAAAGUUCUUCAAAAUACGUCGUCUUCGGCCGGGGAUACAACAGCGUCUAAGAAUGUCAUUUCUUUUGCRGUGGUAUAGAAAAUCAAGAUUGUUGCGACCAUCUUUUACAGGAUGUAUACCAGACCUUACUGAUACAGUAUGAUGCUAACAAAGCGUUACGUUACAUAGAGGUUUUGUAAAUAAGGAUGGUUAAAAGGGGAGUUCUUGACAUGAAAAGGUGUUUAUUGAGACGAAUUUAUGGACACUUAUCCUAAUGUCGAAUAAAAUUUUAUUAAUGAUUAAAGAGUGAAGAUAUGAAGCGUUUGAAACAAUUACAAAGUGUUGCAGUACAAAAAUUAAUGUGUUCUAACUGAUUUGAAUUUUAUAAGUCAUCUCCGACAACAAAAGUAUAGAGUAUCCAGCUUGGUCAGCUGCGCUUUAUGUAUAAAGAAGGAUUUCCAUCAAAAAGGCCAGUGAAGAAGAAUUUCCCCGCUUUUUCUAACAAAGAGGACAUCUUUUGUACAAAAACAAGGUUUUAUUCGUAUUCAGCAGUGAAACUAUAAAAUUUUAGUUAGAUCAAUUUGUUUUCYCCAUGAAAAUACGUAAUAAUAUCAGAAUUGCUAAUUGAUGUUCCUACUUUUAGUGCUGUCAUCAAUCUUUGUUCUACAAAUUGAUGCCUAAAUCAAAAACAUAUCUCUUAAAAAAGUAUCUUAAGACGGAUUGUUGAUAAGAAAUGUAGUUGUACCUUUGUACAGGAAUAGGGUUUUCUUUGGUUAGACCUUACAAUACACGUUAUUUCAGGAAACAUUAUAAUUUAAUUUGACAGCAUCACAUUGUUGCAACCUGCAAACUUGUGGCCGUUAACCUGUUCCUGUCGCAUGUCUUUUUUACGAUUAUCUGAAUUUAAAUUCAUAGUUUGUAUGGUGGACUCAAACCGUUAAAUUUCUUUUUAUUAAUGUCGCUGUUAUUGUCUUUUCUGUUUGAAUGCAUUUUUGCUUUGAAGGCUAACUUUUGUGGUGUUGCCAAUGACGACGAAACAAAGCUUGUACAA